AUGAUAGUCAGAAAUUUCCAAAGGUUCUUUCUCUUGAGCAAAUCUUAGCAUAAUAUAAUAAGGCGCACAAUUUAAAGAAAUUUAUUGUCAAAUUAAGUUCGACAAUUCUCUGGAUCAAAAGUUAUGGCAGCAGGUAAAUAACAUGACGAAUCAGAAUUUACAUACGCUCAAUUACUCGAUGAGAAGACGUAAAAUCAUCCGAGCUAUAGUGAGGAAAAACCUCAGUUUAAACUAAUAAUCACUGAUAAAACUGUUUAAGAUGAAAGCAAAAAAUAUUUGAAGAUUUAUGUAGACAGUGGAGGAUGCUCAGGCUUUCAAUAUAAUUUCAAAAUGGUAAACGAUCUAGAAGAAGAUGAAUUAGUAUUUGAGAAGGAUGGAGCCCAUGUAGCUGUAGACGAGACUACAUUAGAAUUUAUAGAUGGUUCAGUAAUAGACUAUAAAAAAGAGAUGAUCAGGUAAUCAUUCGAAGUAGUAGAAAACCCAAACGCAGAACUGGGUUGUAGUUGUGGAACAUCUUUUGCUCCCAAAGACAAAUGA